AUGGCUAGUCCUCCUGUUCUAGCUUUCGACGCCGAGGGCCGUCCGGUCAAAUUCGAAACCUGGCUAGAUGACCUGCACCUUUUCCUACAGCUCACUGCCAAGGAAGAUAUUACACUGUACGACCACGCUCUUGGCCAUGCGACCGCCCCACUCGCUACUGCCCCCCCAGCUGAGCGCUCACAGUGGCAGACCCGUGACGCGCACGCUCGCUUUGCUAUUCGCAACUCCCUGCCGCUAGAUGAGCGCGAGCACUUCGGCCAGUGCAAGACUGCUAAGGACCUCUACACAGCUGUAGUGGCCCGCUACUCCUCACCCGCUUCUGCCACACUAGGCCGCCUCACUCUCCCCUACCUGUUCCCCGACCUAGCCUCUUUUCACACUGUCGCAGACCUCAUCACCCACCUUAAGACUAGUGAGGCUCGCUUUCGCGCUGCCAUGCCUGAUGAGUUCCUCGCUAGCAACCCCCCCCCGCUCUGGAUCACUCUCUACCACGUUGUCACCCGCCUCCCUGACUCUCUGCGCCCUGUCAGGGACCAGUUCCUCUCUCGCUCCCCCACUGAGCUCACCAUAGCCCUCCUCGAGAAGGAACUGCUUGCAGCCGAGGCUAGUAUCGUCGCUGUAGGCACCUCUCGUGGCGACCCCCGCGGCCCCUUCUUCGAGGGGUGCUCCCCUUCCCCCCUCCUCCCCUCUGUCGCCUCUGCUGCUGCUGUCGACCUCCUUGGUGCUGAGAAGGUCGGGGCUGCGUCUGCUUCAGGCGGACGACGCAGGGGCAGGAGUGGCAGGAGUGGGGGUGGUGGCGGAGGAGGCGGGGGUGGAGGUGGUGGCGGUGGAGGUGCGACUGGAGAGGCUAGUGGCGGCGGUGGUGGAGGUGACAGCGGUGUUGGGAGUGGUGACAGGGGCGGAGGUGGCAGCGGAGGCGGAGGUGGUCGUGGCAGCGGCAGGGGUGGAGGUGGCCGGGGCGGAGGCGGAGGGGGUGGUGGUCGUGGAGGCCCGGGGGGCGGUCAGAGUCAGCAGCCUGCCCCGACCCUUCAGGCCGCCCGUGAGUGGUAUGCGCGGCGCAGCGUCACCUGCCAGUACGUUAUUCGUACAGGUGACCGCACUGGCCAGACGUGUGGGGGGCCGCACCAGACGGAGCGCUGCUUCGCCCGCCUCAACGAUGCGUGGCGCACUCAGUUUCCUGGUGGGGGUGAACUGCCGCGCUGGGCUGAUCUGCUCAGGAAGGGUGUUGAUAUUUGGGCACUUGACUUUGAUGCUAUUCUCACUGCCAUGUAUGCGAUGUCUAUUAGUGGAGAGGGUGCUCAGUACUUGCGUGUUCCGCCCGACCCGGGCAUUCAGGCCAGCCCCGCUGCUGCUCUAGGUGCUUGUGCGUCUGUGCCCCCUGGUACUGAGUCGACUGCAGCACUGCACACCUUCACACUUGACUCAGGUGCUUCUCGCUCUUUCUUUCGUGACCGCACUGUCCUUGAGCCUCUAGCUCGGCCGGUUGCUGUCUCUCUUGCUGACCCCUCUGGGGGUCCGGUCCUUGCGACCUCCUCCACCACCCUUCCGUGUCCAGCGGUUCCGUCCGGCAAGCUCUCAGGUCUCUACCUCCCCUCGUUCUCCACGAACUUGGUGGCAGGUAGUGCGCUCCAGGACUCGGGUGUUCACCAGUUCACCCCUGCCUACGAGCGUGUGACUCACUGCACGUGUGCUCGGACGGGCCGCCACCUGGCUACUUUCACUCGAGAGCCGGGGUCUGACCUGUACACACUGACCACUGAGUCCCCUCAGGUAGCUGCGUCUGCGUCAGCGUCAGGUCAGCUGUCCGCCCCCUGCUCGUGUCGCUCUCUGGCGAACGACACCGUCCUCUGGCACCACCGCCUUGGUCACCCGUCUGUGCAGCGCCUGCGGGCCAUGCACAAACGGGACCUUGUUGCUGGUCUUCCCAGGGUGCUCCCUCCCCUUCCUGACUCCCCUGCUCCUGACUGCAUUCCCUGUGUCGAGGGGCGGCAGCGCGCCGCUCCUCACUCCUCCUCCUUUCCCCCGACGACCGCUCCCCUGCAGACGCUCCACAUGGACGUGUGGGGCCCAGCCCGCGUCCGUGGUCAGGGUCAGGAGAGGUACUUCCUGAUAGUUGUUGACGACUACUCGCGCUACACCACGGUCUUCCCCUUGCGCGCCAAGGGUGACGUCCCUGGUGUUUUGAUCCCCUGGAUCAGCCGAGCCCGUCUCCAGCUAGGCGAGCGCUUUCACUCGGACUUUCCUGUCCUGCGCUUGCACUCUGACAGGGGUGGUGAGUUCGCCUCCGACCUCUUGGCAGCCUACUGUGCUGAGCACGGCAUUGAGCAGUCGUACACGCUUCCGGCCUCUCCACAGCAGAAUGGGGUUGCUGAGCGCCGCAUUGGCUUAGUCAUGGAGGUCGCUCGUACCUCCCUGACCCAUGCGGCUGCUCCCCACUUUCUGUGGCCGUUUGCGGUCCGGUACGCAGCGCAUCAGCUCAACCUCUGGCCCCGUGUCUCCUUGCCGGAGACUUCCCCGACUCUACGGUGGACGGGAGAGGUUGGCGAUGCGUCGCGUUUCCGGGUCUGGGGAUCUCGAGCUUUUGUCCGCGACACGUCCGCGGACAAGCUCUCGCGUCGCGCUGUUCCCUGUGUCUUUCUUGGCUUUGUUCCCGACGCGCCUGGAUGGCAGUUUUACCACGUCACCUCGCGCCGGGUUCUGGCCUCUCAGGACGUCACUUUUGACGAGUCCGUCCCCUUCUACCGCCUCUUCCCCUACCGCACUGCCCCGCUCCCCCCCCCACCUCUCUUCCUCGCUCCAGGUGCUGAGGUACCAGACCCCCUCCCCCCUCAGGGUGCCGCUCCCUCAGGUGUGUCCCAGGUAGACCCGGGUGAGCCUGUCGAGGUAGCUGUUGACUCGCGUCCUGCGUCUGGGGGUGCUGAGCCUGGGAGUGCUGCGUUUGAGGGUGCGGAGCCUGGGGGUGCUGAGCCUGGAGGUGCGGAGCCUGGGGGUGCUGAGCCUGGAGGUGCGGAGCCUGGAGGUACUGAGCCUGGAGGUGUGGAGACUGGGGGUGCUGAGCCUGGAGGUGCGGAGCCUGGAGGUGCGGAGCCUGGAGGUGCUGAGUCUGGACGUGCUGAGUCUGGGGGUGCUGAGUCUGGGGGUGCUGAGCCUGAGCGUGCUCCACCUGGAGGAGCCCCCUCCUCCCAGCAGCUGCAGGAGAGGUACCUCGAGUACUGCCGCCUCCGGAGAGGUGCUUCUGGAGCUCGUCCCGGUACUUCCCCUCCUACCCAGGAGCUCCCCCCCAUUCAGGUGAUCCGCGAGUGGUACACGCGGCGCUGCAGUCUUCGUAGUGGUGCUCCUGGUACUGCGGACCCGAGCGGUGGUACUGUUGCUGGUGCUGAGGACCCGGACGCUGGAGCUGCUGCUGGUGCUGAGGACCCGGGGGCUGGAGCUGCUGCUGGUGCUGAGGACCCGGGCGUUGGAGCUGCUGCUGGUGCUGAGGACCCGACCGGUGGCGCUGCUGCUGGUGCUGAGGACCUGACCAGUGGCCCUGCUGCUGGUGCUGAGGACCCGGGCGUUGGAGCUGCUGCUGGUGCUGAGGACCCGACCGGUGGUGCUGCUGCUGGUGCUGAGGACCUGACCAGUGGCCCUGCUGCUGGUGCUGAGGACCCGGGCGUUGGAGCUGCUGCUGGUGCUGAGGACCCGACCGGUGGUGCUGCUGCUGGUGCUGAGGACUCGGGCGUUGGAGCUUCUGCUGGUGCUGAGGACUCGGGCGUUGCGGCUGCCACUGGUGUCCCUGCUGCUUCUGGAGACACUGCGCGGCCGCGACCGUACUUCGUACCGCUCCUUCAGCAGGUUCUUGGUCAGGCUCCUCCUCCUUGUCCUCCUCCCUCCGUCGAGUGUCCUCUGCCUGUCCAGCAGCAGUCACAGUUACCGCCUGUCUCGCCUCUCCCUGCUCCCUCCCCUUACGCUGGUCCCACAGGAGGUCUUACAGAGCGUCGUGAGCCUGAGUCUCGUCCUGCGUCGCCUGUUCGUACUGCUCGCACUGGUCGUCGUGUCCCACGUGAGCGUCCUCCUCCUGUCCCUGGCACUCACUACAUGACUCUGCGUCCCUCCACUGCUCCGCAGCGUGUCCCGCUGCCGUCUCCUCCUGCGUCCUCUCUUCCUACUCUUCCUGACCCGGAGUCUGACUCCCGUCGUGCUGCCAGUCCCACUGUUACGCGUCUCCUCGCUACAGUUGUCACUGACCCGACCUUUGAGUCCUCUGCUGCGUCUGCCCUGGUCGCUGAGUUGGUUGACUUUGCUGCUGCCUGUCGCCUAGACUACGCUGCCAGCCUUGUCGCUAGGUCUGAGUCUGCGUCUGCCUGUCCUCCGUCCGUCGGGGGUGAGUGUGCCCUCGGCACGGACGUCCUUGAGGACAGACAGGAGGAGUUCCACUGCCUUGCUGCUGCUUUGCCCCGUCUCGUGUCCUUGCUAGUUGCCCCUGAGGGAGACCCGGAUGCACCAGACAUCCCGACCCCACGCUCUUACGCUGAGGCGAUGGCGGGUCCCUACUCCUCUCAGUGGCAGACAGCCAUGGACGCAGAGAUGGCCUCCUGGAAGUCCACAGGCACCUACGUAGACGAGGUUCCCCCUCCUGGGGCGAACAUCGUCAGUGGCAUGUGGAUUUUCAGGGUGAAGCGGCCUCCGGGUUCUCCACCUGUCUUCAAGGCGCGCUACGUGGCUCGAGGCUUCAGUCAGCGAGAGGGAGUAGACUUCUUUCAGACCUUCUCCCCCACCCCGAAGAUGACUACUCUUCGGGUGCUGCUGCACAUAGCCGCUCACCGCGACUACGAGCUUCACUCUCUUGACUUCAGCACUGCUUUCUUGCAGGGCAGCCUGCACGAGGAGAUCUGGCUGCGCCGCCCCCCUGGCUUCACUGGGUCAUUUCCUCCUGGCACCCAGUGGAGGCUUCAGCGGCCGGUCUACGGUCUCCGCCAGGCGCCACGUGAGUGGCACGACACACUGAGGACGACACUUGCGGCUCUUGGGUUCGCUCCCUCUACUGCUGACCCGUCGCUGUUUCUACGCACCGACACCUCGCUGCCGCCGUUCUACAUCCUCGUGUACGUCGACGACUUGGUCUUUGCCACUGCUGACACCGCGGCACUCGCUCACGUGAAGUCGGAGCUGCAGAGGAGACACACGUGCACAGACCUGGGUGAGCUGACGAGCUAUCUUGGCUUGCGGAUCACCCGGGACAGAGCACGGCGCACCAUCACCCUGACUCAGUCACACAUGGUGCAGCAGGUUCUCUAG